CCGGGCGGACGGAAGCGACGGGCGGCGCGCGGGAAUCGGCAUUCGGCGGUGGGUGCGGGUGGCCGCUGCUCCUUCCCUCCCGCUCGUCUUCUUGUUCUCUGUCGCUCCCCCUCCCGCCGCCGCCGCCACCAUGUUCGAGGCGCGGCUGGUGCAGGGCUCCAUCCUGAAGAAGGUCCUGGAGGCCCUGAAGGACCUGAUCACCGAGGCCUGCUGGGACAUCAGCUCGGGCGGGGUGAACCUGCAGAGCAUGGACUCGUCGCACGUCUCCCUGGUGCAGCUCACCCUCCGCUCCGAGGGCUUCGACACCUACCGCUGCGACCGCAACCUCGCCAUGGGCGUCAACCUCACCAGCAUGUCCAAAAUACUCAAGUGCGCCGGCAACGAAGACAUCAUCACCCUCCGGGCCGAGGACAACGCCGACACGUUGGCGCUGGUGUUCGAAGCACCGAAUCAGGAGAAAGUUUCGGACUACGAGAUGAAGCUCAUGGACCUGGAUGUGGAACAGCUUGGAAUUCCGGAACAGGAGUACAGCUGCGUGGUGAAGAUGCCCUCGGGCGAGUUUGCCCGCAUCUGCCGCGACCUGAGCCACAUCGGCGACGCCGUGGUGAUCUCCUGCGCCAAGGACGGGGUGAAGUUCUCGGCCAACGGGGAGCUGGGCAACGGGAACGUCAAGCUGUCGCAGACCAGCAACGUGGACAAAGAGGAAGAGGCCGUCACCAUCGAGAUGAACGAGCCGGUCCAGCUGACCUUCGCCCUGCGCUACUUGAACUUCUUCACCAAAGCCACCCCGCUGUCCCCGACGGUGACCCUCAGCAUGUCGGCCGACGUCCCGCUGGUGGUGGAGUACAAGAUCGCGGACAUGGGCCACUUGAAAUACUACCUGGCUCCCAAGAUCGAGGACGAAGAAGGGUCUUAGACGCCGCUCGGGCGCGGGGGAGACGACGGGAGGCGGGGACCGCCCCGGACGGACCCGUGCCUCUCUCUGUAGAUAUUGUUUUCCUGUAAAUACGACGACUCGGCGGCGCGCCCGUUAGCCGUUUCUCCCAACCUGCCGCUCGCGAACGAAGCCGGCCGGAGUCAUCUCGGCGGCCCUCUCCUCUCGCCCGCCCGGGGCCCGUAUUUGGGGGACGUUCUUUUAGGUGCCGCUUUUUUUAGACCGUUUUUUAUCGUCUGUAAGAGAAAGGGGGCCGGGCUGGCGAUGGGAUGGGAAGAAGGAAAGCGGGGGGCCGUCUGGAGUCCCGCCCUGGGGCGAGGCCCCCCCCCCCGGAGGUGGGCUGAUAUUGAGUGCGGUGUGAAAAGAGCAAUAAAGAUAUUUCAAACCCAGAA